GUUACGACGGGCCGCUGCAGUACGCUAUGACGGACGGCGUGAGUCCGGACGCAGCCAUGACAACGGUGCAAGUCCUGCCUGUAGUGGGCCAGACCUCUGACUUUACCGACGACGAGGACGACAACACUACUGAGACUGAACGCAAGCUGGCGGGCCUCCAGCUGAGUGGUUUUGUGGACGGUGACGUGGAAGACCAGGAAUCUACACCCAUCAUUCCCUCCACGUCGCCGGCAUCGCCCGACGAGCCCUCCCAUGCUGUGGUGCUCCCACAGGCCCACGCCUUCUCCAUCUCCCAGCAGGGCCAGGACCAGCAAGGGAUGAGGCCCAACAGUGCCGAGUCUGUAGGAUCAGGUGAAAUGCCGUCAUCACUAGCAGGAAACCUUGAUGACGGUCCUGAGGUGGAGAGGUUUGUGUUAGAGCCGGCCCCUGAAGGCUCACUUAUCAAAUGCCGCAUAUCAAGGGACAGGAAGGGGAUGGACCGUGGCCUCUUUCCUACUUACUUUCUGCACAUGGAGCGAGAUGAUGGUAAAAAGGUAUUCCUAUUAGCAGGACGAAAACGUAAGAAGUCUGCCACCUCUAACUAUUUGAUCUCUGCUGAUCCAACUGACCUCUCUCGUGGAGGAGAAUCUUUUUGUGGUAAAUUAAGGUCCAAUUUAUUGGGGACACAGUUUACCAUAUUUGAUGGGGGUGAGGGUCGCAAGAAGGCCCCCUCCUCCACCACCACCACCACCACCACAGAGAAGCCUGGCUCAAGACAGGAAUUGGCUGCUGUCAUUUAUGAAACCAAUGUAUUAGGCUUCAAAGGUCCAAGGAAGAUGACUGUGAUACUCCCAGGGAUGACAGCAGACCACCAAAGAGUAGAAUUUCGUGCAAAUGUAGAACAUGAUAGUCUUAUUGAGCGAUGGAAGACCAAGAAUAUGGAUCAGUUGAUUGAACUAUGUAACAAGACACCUGUAUGGAAUGAUGACACGCAGAGUUACGUCCUAAACUUCCAUGGUCGAGUCACUCAGGCCUCUGUCAAAAAUUUUCAAAUUGUCCAUGAAAGUGAUGUUGAUUACAUCAUCAUGCAGUUUGGGAGAGUAGCAGAAGAUGUGUUUACCAUGGACUACCGGUAUCCUAUGUGUGCUCUUCAGGCAUUUGGUAUUGCUCUCUCAUCAUUUGACUCUAAAUUAGCUUGUGAAUAAUGUAUUUAGUACAUUUAGAUAUCUCCUUCUAACUUUUGGAUGAAGUGUGCAUUGGACUGUGCUGGCUAGUGUCCUCAUUAUGAUACAGUUAUAUUAUGAACACUGGAGUUUAUGUAGCUAAGACUGGGAGAGCGGCAGGCCAGUACUGUGUUGCCUGAUGCCUUGUUCACUCUGUAAGCUAAGGUGAAAUGUGAUGCUUGUACUUUGCUAAAGAGCUGUGUGCCAUUUUUGCCAAGUCUUACAGAUGAGAAAUUAAGUCUACUAUCUGUUUGAAACGUCUCAUUCAGAUAUAAACUGGUUUUAUUGCUGGUUUUAAGGCUUCAAGUGGCUUAACACUCAACUAGAAACAUAACUAACUAUUUAAGAAGAGUUCUCAUGACAUAAACCUUGCAACUUUUUUAGCUUAACAUUUCAACACUUCAGAGUGUUACCUUUGAUGACUGAAGACUCAUUUUAGGAGUGCACAUUAAAAAAAAUGUGCUUUGAAUAUGUAAUAUAUUGUAUUGUACGUUUCUUUGAAAGCUCGUAUGAAUUUCAAAUGUUUUUAUUUAUAAAUAAGUUACUGAUUUUCUACUUAUAUUUUUUUAGGUAAUUUUUAACUAAUGUUUAUAAUGACUGGUAUCAAUACUGAUCUCAUUUUGAUCCGCUUUUACUUAUAUUAAGGUUCCUUCUUUUCUUUUUUUAGAAUAUGACUGGUUCCUUGGCAUAUUGCAAUUUUAUUGAAGCACAAAUGCAGCCAAUAUAGCUACAGUAUACACAUACAGUAUAUAUUUAUAUCUGUCAUAGGUAUUCUCUUUUUUUUUCAGAAAGUUGUUUUAUCCUUAUAUCAUUCUUUAUAUAAUAAGUAGUAGAACGCAAUGAUCAUUUUUAUCUGGAUUAAUAAACAUGUGUAGGGUGGGAAUACAGGAUACUUAGGUUGUGAAUGAACACCAUAGAAAACUGAUCUACUUUGAGGUGUUCAGUUAUUGGUGCAGUAUCCUGCCCUCUGAACCAGUGUCUAAAAUGAUAAUGAAUUCAUUGAAAAUACUGUACUUGACUGUACAUAAGAAAAUUAAUACACAUGAGAUACCCUGUGGAAGAACUCGGUAACAGCUGAAAUACAAAAAAUCCAGAAAAUCCAGUUAAAUUUACAUGAUAUUAACAUUACUAUAACUUUUGAAUCAUAAACGAUAUCUUGUCAUUUUUUUCGCACAUACUGUACAUUUGAACCUCCCCAUAAUGAUGAUGUGAAUGAAAAUGAUAUUAGUACUGUUCAUCUUUAAUAUUUCCAAAUACAUGUACAGAUUUUCAUAGAGAGCUAUGUCAGAAAGUAAGCUGCAUAAGAGAAAGUUUCAAAAUUUUUUUACUUUAUGUUGCAAUACUGUAUUAUGUUUUCAUGUAAUAAACAGUAAAACAGUAGUAAUUCAAGUACUGUAAUGUAUGUAGUUGAGAAGAUAAUUUUAACUGCAUUUUCUGGAAUUUAUUUCGUCAAUAAAGGUUUUCUGACAUUAUUAUGCUUAGAGAAUUAUUAUGUACAUAUUGUUAUUACUAAUUACUACUGUAAUACAAUUUUGCAAUUACUGUAAUAAACAUUAGGUAUUCUGGACUUUACCGAAGUGUCUAAAUAGACUUUCAACCUUAUUAAAAAUGGCAUAAAUCGGUACUGUAUCUCAAUACUUUUACAGUACUUGCCUGGAUAGAGGAUAUAGUGAUAUAAAUAUCUCAUUUUUGGUUGUGUUGGUGCCUGUCGAGUUCUUCCACAGGGCACCUCGUAUGCACAUUAAGUUUUUCUUCCUUUUCUGUUCUAAUGCAGCUGUGGCCAGAAUCAGCAGCAAACACAUACAUUUCAAGACUCUUUUUUUUUAUUUAUUCAAUCAGAUUGCUGUUGAAGGUGCAUUCUACUGUGAUAUCCUGCUUCUACAGAAAAGCCCAAGAUAUAUGUUUGAUUUACCCUUGUCACUUCACACAACCUAACAUCAGUCAUCUUCAUCACAUUCUUCCCCAAAACUAACUUAACACAAUGUUCUCUGGUCAUUCAUCCACAUACUUUGUCUCCUUACUGGUCUUCUCCUCUCCCUCCUGCCAUCCACCUCUGAAGUAUACAGUACACUGUUUCCUUCUCCUUUACCCUUCAGCUUUGUUUUGCAAAAUACCAGGACAUCUAUGUUAAUUUUGCUCAUCAUAAAUUUAUUGAAUCUUUCUUCACUUUCGUAACUGAAUAUUGUACAAGAAGGUGGGGUCAAGCCCUAUGCAGGUCACUUGUUCCCAUACCCAUGUUCUUGUAUAGUAAUGUUUAUUAUUAUAGGCUUUGAUACUGUUCCACUGUUUGAAUAUUUUAUUGUGACUUAAUAUAUUUACCAUGGUAUUCCUGUUUCUCACUUGCUUUAAGUUAGCUUAAUUUUAAUUGUUAUGUUGUUAAAACAUAAAUUAUCAGUACAAGGAGUUAUUCAAGUCUUUAAAAGGCUAUGUUUGAGUUUCAGAUUUGUUGUGGAAGCACUAACAUUUAUGCAAUCAUACAAAGAUUACCUCAACUUUGUUGUGUAAACUCUAGAAUUUAUUUUACCUAUUUCUAAGUAGGUUUAGUUAAAUUUUGUUUAUAACAUAAUUUGAAAUUUCUCUUUCUUCAUAAUAGUUCCUGAAGUAACAUUAAGUUUAUAAAGAAAUAAUAUGAAAUUAACUACCAUAUCUACAUGCUGAACAACCAGCUCUGUCAGUAUUGUAGUAGCACUUAAUUACCAAAUACUAAGUAGCAUUGCCACUAGUAUAAGGGGUUAUCAGAUAACAGUAAAUGUGCAUACAAACACCUAUUGAUUGUGACUCAUGUGCUUUAAUAAGAAUAACACAAUUAUAGUACAGUACAUUUAUUCUCCACUGGGACACAUUUCAGUAAGACAGUUUAGUGCUGAAGUAGUACAGUAGUAGUUAAUAUAUUUAAUGAUUGGUUACAUCUGGGAAGCCAAUUUAAAUUCUCCCUAGUUUAUGAGACUGGAAUAUAGGAAAGAAAGUAUCCCUCUAAUAGAUAAAAAGGCAUUAACCAAAAAUAACUGAAAUUCACCUUUUCUAUGACAACAAGAAUGUCCCAUAUCAUGGUAGUAUAUCUUACAAGUGCAUGUUUUAUACUGUACAUAUUGUAAUGCAAGUAUUUGUAAUCCUGAAUGGUAUUUCUUUUUUAUAAAAUGGCCAGGUUAUUUUUUUUUAGUUAAUAAUCAUUAUACUGUACAUGCAUAUUUCAGGCACAUUGCAAGUCUACAUUAUUUUCUCUUUCAUUUGUGAAUGCUGUCUUGGCUGCAGAGAUUCUCCUGCAAAUAUAUUUGUUCAAUUAGGGGUAUCAUACCUAUAUCACAUGAUGGACUGUUAAUCCAUAAGAUGUACAUUUCCUCCUAGAGCCAGGAAGGAUUGGAGGGUUUUUACUGUUGAUGGUGUGUUCAAAACUGGUGACUCGGAUAUGUCAAAACUUGGAAGUAAGCUCAUCCUUCUCAUUUAGGAAGUUUGUUAACAUCUUCAUGUGUAGGGGACAAAAUAAAGGAGGUUUAGUUAUGAGUUUAUGCAAGGAAUUUUGUUGAGGUAAUACAGUAGAGAAUAUUGGCCAUUAAUGUAUCUAUAAUUCAGAUUUCUUAUUAUUUAGGGAAAUUUUCAAAAAUGUUUUUAAAUAUCAAAUGUGCCAUAACAUGAAUUUUUUCAUUGUAUGUAUGACUUUAUGUCCUUUGUUCUUAGUGUUACUCACAUGGACAAAAUCCCAAACAAAUGACAUAUCUAUGUUUUUAGAGGGGAAAAGGGAGAAAUUGUAUGCUGGUUGCCAUGGUUCUAUAGUUAUCAAGUUAUACAAGAAAGGUUAAACCAGAAACUUUUACUGUCUCUGCACAGAAAAUUUAUUUAUUCUCUGGACCUGAUUUAAGUAAGUGCUGACGGUGCCAAUUAUCCUGAAAUUACAAACGUAUUUCUUCAAAUGGAAUUAAUACAAGGGACGUAAAGAGCAGUAAAUCUGGGAUAAUUAAAAUAAAUUAAUUUGGAAAGUAAUUUAGUCAAGUACAGUAGAUAAGAACUGAUUAGUAUUUAUCAAUGAUUUCUUUAGAAAAAAAUUUGUGAUGGCAAAAAAUUUAUUGUACUUUAAUAUGAAUUCUAGGCUGAGGUUUUGAUUAUUCAGACCAUUGGUGUUCAGUAGUGUUAUGGAUGACUGAUAAAACAUAGAUUAUUGUGAACUGAGGUGGAUAUCUAUACUUUUGUCUCCUUGAAGUUAUAUUUUGUGACUGAUGUUCUCAUGUCAUUGUUCAAGUGCAGAAGGUACUCAUACCAUUUAAGUAGUAGUGUAGGACUACUUGUCAUUUUCUACAUUAACGAACACUUCCCUUCUGUGGGCUGGUUGGUCUGAGUAGUAGAUUUGCUUCUCAUUAAGCUCCUUAGUGAAACCAAUAUGACAGGUUAGCAUCAGAAUUAAGAUAAAUAACAGUAAAGAAUGACAACUUGUUUUGUAAAAGCUAUAUUCUAAUAAUAGUGCUGGAGUUCAUACUGUAGAUGUGUAUAUAAUAUCAGAAAUAGUAAUAAGAUACUGUAUAUAAAUAAUUUUUCCUGAGUCCUGUAUUGUAACCUAUUCAUGUACAGUACUCGUGCAUACAUGUGACAGGCACUAGAAAACUUUUCAUUGAAGAGAUGUACGUGUAAAUGGUUUUUCUUAUUAUUCUAAUGUCGUUCAUGAAGACAGACCGCAGUGGUAUUAAUAUCUAAAACCAAAGUACAGUAUAGAAAUAUUUUUGAAUGAACAUCUCUAUAUUUCACAUCUCGAAUGGUAUGAAUGUCUUAGUCCAGGUAGUGCUGUAUCUCCUGCUACAAACAUUGAACCAAGUUUUUUUUUAAUACUGCUAGAGAAAAGAAAUGUUGGUAAAGAUGCUAUUGAUGUGUCUAUCUAAAUUUCUGACACUUAAAGUUUUGUAAAUACGGGAUAAUUUAAAACUUCCAUAUUAUAAUAUACAGUACAGUAGAACUUCUCUACACAGGACUUCAGUACACCAGAAUUCACUUUUUUCAGACUUUCUAGGGUGCUCCAGACUGCCCUCUAUUCACCUGAAAUAUUUAUAAAAGUUCGAAAAAUCCAGCGUGUUUGGACGGUUUGUUUGUUCAUACGUGUGGUUGAAUGUGUGUAUGUGUGUGUAGGAGUCGCGCCAUAUAUGUCCAAGUCCUGCUCUCAUAUGUGCUGUAUCUGUGUGCCAUACCUUGCUACUUACUCUCAAUUACAUGAACUUUUUAUGUUGAGAACAUAUUGUCUUUAACAGAGAUACUGUAAUUGAGGGUCGUUGCAUUCACCAAGUUUAUUUAUGGAUUCAUUAUCCUAUUUUCAUAUCUUCAGCCUCAUCUGGUGUACGAUUCAUCAUAAUUCAUAUAAUAUAAUUUGCUUUUUUCUGACUUUAGCUUUUUACAAACUUAGUAAAUUUAGUAAGAACAGCCGGCAUGAUUCACACACAUCAAAGCUGACGCUUAUUAUAUUUAUAAAUUGUAGAAUAUUUAAAAUAUUUGAUAUGUGAAUUUAUUUGCAACAUUUCUACUUGUUGAUUUAACUUUUUCUUGUCUUUUUCUGUACUUUUCUUACACAACUCUUCCAUGCUCUUUCCUCCCUCUGGGGUUUUUGUACCCAUUGACCCCCUCCCCAUCCUCACCCAAAAAUGGGAGACUAAAAAAGAGAGUGAGAAAAUAUUUAUGCUUUCAUACAGAAUGAAUUAAAAAUUAGAAGAAUGAUGAUCAGGCUAAGGUUGGGAACAUUAUCACGUACAGUACAGUACAGUACUGUAUAGGUAAUGUGGUCGUCUUCACUGAUUCAUUGUAGCAGAAUUUUAUUUCUUUGGUUGAAAAUGUGUUGUUUACAUAUUUCAGUGCAGUAAAUUUUCUAAUAUUUUCCAACCAUUAAAAGUAAAGUAAAGACAAUAAAGGUUAAAUAAUUCAGUAUUAAUAUUAAGGAAAAGAGUGCUGUAUACUGUACAGUACUGUAUACUGUACUGUCAGACAUGAUAUAUAGGAAGAGAGUUUUAGGAAAGUUUUUAAGACAAUUUUAUGAUUUAUUGAUAGUACUGUAAAGUAAGUUAAAAAGAAAUGCACACCAGUAUCUGUUCAAAGC